AUGGAGACUCAGCAGACAAACCCAGCUGAGGUCACAGUUAAGCUUUUGGACCAGGAACUUACCAUGACUUCGGAACAAACUAGAGAGGUUAAACCUUCUCCAACCAUGCAAGCGACUCCAACUCAACCUCUAGAGGUACCAAGGGAUGUAGUAGCUCCAGCCUAUUAUGAAAUAACAGUUCCAACACCGGGUCAGGAUCAAGCCCAGCAUACAACAUCCCCUGGUGUCACGAUCACAGUUUUACCUUUGAGCCUGGAAUUUGUUGUAACUUCAGCAACUACAUCAGAGGUUGAACAUCCUGUGGCUCUGGAGACGAUGGCAGCUCCCCAUCCAGACCAGAUUCAGACUCAGCCUCCAAUCCCGACUGAAGUUACAAUUCAAAUAUCCGACUCGGACAUUACCGUAACUCAAAAUUCGUUGCCAAAUUACAACAUGGAACAAGAGAUUGCCAAUAUCAACACCGACAUGAACACCAGCAUAUGUGAGCUCUGUACCUGCAGAGAUGAGACACUGUCGUGUGUUGGUCUCAGCCCAGAGAAGAGACUCCGCCGAGUGCCUGUGCAGGAGCCUGAAGCCUAUAAUGGCACCUUCACCGUCUUAAAUUUCCAAGGAAAUGCUAUUUCUUACAUUGAUGAGAAUGUAUGGAAAUCAUACCGUUGGACUGAGAAACUAAUUCUCAGUGAAAAUCAUUUGACCGAAUUACAUAAAGAUUCAUUUGAAGGCCUGCUAUCCCUCCAGUAUUUAGAUUUAUCCUGCAAUAAAAUCCAAUUUAUUGAAAGACGUACCUUUGAAUCACUACCAUUUCUGCAGUAUGUAAAUCUUGGUUGCAAUUUAAUCACUGAACUGAGCUUUGGAACGUUUCAGGCAUGGCAUGGAAUGCAAUUUUUACACAAGGUAAUUCUCAAUCGUAAUCGUCUGAAAACUGUUGAUUAUUCAUAUCUUUAUAAAUUGCCAGCAUUAAAAUAUCUAGACAUGGGAACAACACAAGCCCCACUUACAACAGUCGAGAACAGCCUCAUGACAACUCUUGAGUUGGAAAAACUGAUCUUACCUAGCCAUAUGGCCUGCUGCCUCUGCCAAUUUAAAAAUAAUAUUGAGGUUGUCUGCAAGACAGUGAAGCUACAUUGUGAUGCAUGUAUAGGAAACAGCAAAGAAGAUUGUUUUGAAGAAGCAAGUGUAGGAAAUGCGGAGGGAGCGCUCAUGAAGGUAUUACAGGCCCGGAAGAAGCACACGAGCACCGAGCUGACCAUUGAGUCAGAGGUAUCCGCAAAUAAAAAUAGCGUCGGCUUGUCAGGCUUCCCGGGUGAUCAAUUUGAAAUGCAGCUAAACCAGCAGCUCCGAUCCCUCAUCCCCAACAACGACGUGAGAAGGCUCAUUUCUCACGUUAUCCGGACUUUGAAAAUGGACUGCUCUGAGACCCAUGUACAACUGGCCUGUGCCAAGCUCAUCUCUAGAACAGGUCUCCUGAUGAAGCUUCUGAGUGAGCAGCAAGAAGUAAAAGUAUCCAAGGCAGAAUGGGAUACGGAUCAGUGGAAGAGUGAGAACUACAUCAACGAGAGCACAGAAGCCCAGGCUGAACAGAAAGAGCAGGAGUCAAGUGAGCUCACUAAAGGAGUUCCAGGAUAUGGCUAUAACAACAAACUCAUCUUGGCGAUAUCUGUGACUGUAAUAGUGAUGAUUUUGAUUAUAAUUUUCUGUCUUAUUGAGAUUUAUUCUCAUAGAAGAGCAGCAAGGACAGAUGUAGAAUCAGGCUCAGUCCCAAGGAGGGGCUUUUUUGACUUUCUGCAUAGGAAAUGCUCAUCGCAGAGUGAAAGCCAGGAGGGCUUUUUCUGGUUAAGGAGUCCACUUUGGCUGAGGGAUAUGUACAGACCUCUCAAUGCCACACGCAAGAAAAACAUGGCCCAGAAGCUUCACGACAAGGAGUCUUCUGAUGAGGAAUAGAUUUACAAGAAGGAUGCAGGGGAGCCCCUAUCAACAGCAACACCUGUGGAUUCGGCUGCUGAAGGUGGUGAGGAAAGUGAGACCGCGCCAGAGGGGGAGGACUAAGAGUGAUCCAGCGUGCCUAAGGCCGCCUGCAAACUGUAUUUUCUAAUGUUGGCAUCUCCGCAUUGCUUGUAAGAUACUUAUUUUUCACACACAACAAAUGUAUAUAAUCUAUUGUCAAUUCCAGCCAGCUGGUAAGAAACUUAAACGUUAAUAGUUAAAUAUUUAUACACGCAAAACAAGGGCCAGAGAAAAGAAAAGCGGGACUGAAGCCAGAGACUGUCAAGCUGGCCAACACCUCCACAAGCGGCAUUGUGGGCAGAGGACGCACGGGGGCUCCCCCACCUCAUUUCCCAGUCUAGUCAGUCUCCGGGAAGCUGAAAAUAUAUCAUCCUGGAGAGAGGGAGCCAAUUUUUAAAUCAAAUACAGUUGUUCUGGGGCUCUCUCCCCUGGUCCAUUAAGAACCAGUCCUUUACAACAUACUUGACCUCUUGCCCUGAGGGGACCUUCCACCUGCUGCCACCUCUCAGAGGGUGGGUGGGGUUGCCAGAAAUGUUUGGAUCACUAAGCCGACCUGCACUGUUGCGUCAAGUCCUGUCUUUUCUCCCAUGCUUCCAAAUUCAUGAGUGAAUGUGUGUCCUUUACCCUUUAAAGCUGGUGGAAAAUUCAAAAAAAAUUUUUUUGUUGGUUUUUUCUUUUUAAAAAUCUCAACCCUUGGAUAGCUACUAGGCCAAUUCACUGUCCCUCAGAUGGUUGGAGGGCCAGAGUAUAGUUAAAAAAAAAACAAAAACUGAACAAAUUCCUAUGCACACUGCACAUAUCUUAUUUUGAAGUACAAAAACAAAACGGGGACAAAUACAAUCACACCGCUUCUUGUGGCCCGUUGGCCGCAGGUUGAGGACGUCUGGUCUAGGGAGAUAGAGAAGUAGAACCCGUGCUUGCCAGUGAAGAGUCAACAAUGACAAUAAUACUGGGGGUGAUGGCUGCUACGGUUUAUUAGGCACCAGCUUGGGCCAGCAUAAUACGAAGCUCUUUAGUUGCACUGUUAAGUCACAAGGACCAAAACGCCACAUGCCAGCUCAAACUCUGCAAGGGCGUGGGGUGUUAUGAGUGUUGGACAUAAACAGGAAGCUAACAGUAAACCAAGACUAGAGAUCUUGUACUGCUGGGCCUCCCAGACUCUGGGCCAGGAUUCCAGGCAAAUCCAGGUUCCUAUUUUGUCAUAAUUACGUUAUUUCCAAUUUGGUACACAAAGUGAGACUUAUGUAAAACACCAUCUCAACUUUGUA